AUGAAUUUCAAACUCUUAAUACUACUUCUCUGCGUCUCUAUACUUUUCGUGAGCUCAUUUCCAAUCGGAAAGGAUGCCGAGUCUGAAGAGACUGAAACGGAGACAGAUGCUUCUGUGGAAACAACAACGGAAUCUGAAAAUGAUUUAGUUAAAAGCCAGGAGGAGAACCUAGAAGAGCAGUUGAAUGAAGUAGAAGAAGAUCCUUCAACACGAAAGAAACGGGGAUUAUACAGUUCGGAGAGAACCGAAGAAGAAGUAGAAAUUGCUCAUGGAGUUCAUCAUCGUGAGAAACGACAUGCUGACCAUCUGCCACACCCCGAUCCACCAACUCAGACAUUGGUGAAGAGAAGCACUGAUCAUCAUAGAAUCAAGAGAUCCGAAGGAGGACAUCCUCAUCAGAAGAGAAGCUCUCACACUCCAGAAGGCCACGUGGCAGUUAUGGCAAAGAAUGAUCACCAUGGACAUGAGAAGAGGAAUACCGAUGAUCAUCAUGGACAUGUCAAACGAAGUGCUGAUGAUCAUCACGGGCGUGCAAAGAGAAGUUCGGAUGACCAUCAUGGGCAUCAGAAGAGAUCAGAGCAUGUAGAGCACACGUUGGAAAUGCACGAUCAUCAGAAGAGAAGCACUCCAGAAGGGCAUGGAGACCAUCAUAUGGUGAAGAGGAGUGGAAGCGAAGGAGGUCACCGUCAUCAUCGUAGCACUGAUCAGGGAAUUGAUGAAGAUGAGCCAGAGGAUGAGGUGAAAACGGACGAGACUGAUGAGACCACUGAAGAGCCGGAGACAAGAAAGCGUCGGAAUUCCGAUGCUCCAAUGCCAACGUUCCCAAGUGAUCACGACGCCAGUGAGCAUUCGAACUCAGUAGCCAUUCGAGUAAAGCGUGUGUCGCGUGCCGGAUCCAGUCAUAAAGUGCGUACUCUAAACAAAAAUCGUGGAAAUAGCAAAGCGGGAGAAGUCACGCCGAACGACUCGUUAUCACCGAAUAGCGGUGGUGUGUUCAACACCUAG